AUGGCCGCAGAGAAUGCCCACGGGGUGGACCCGACGGACUUCCGGGAGAUCAUCGAAGAGUAUGCGCGCGAAGACGCCAUGAGAGAAGAACUAAUUAAAAAAAGCAGGGAGGUGAUCAAGCUGAGCAAACAAGCCAUCUUUGCUCUCCACCGUAGAGACACCCCGGAGGCCCAGAGCCACCUCCAGAUGGCCCAAAAAGUCUUCAAUGAAAACAUCUGGCCAAUCACUGAAGAGCAUCCGGCGCUGCGGCUGGCAGGCGCAGCCGGCGGGGGAGUCUUGGUGCCUGCAGGCAUGCUCACGGGGGCCGUGGAGGAGUACGCGGAGGCCCGCAUAUUUUUGCAUUUUCUUUUGCACAAAAGUUUAUUAACUCGAAAAGAAAUAAAAGAAAUAAAAGAAAUUCGAGUUGAAGAGUACUUGGGGGGGCUCAUGGACUGCACGGGCGAGUUGAACAGAUUCGCAGUGCUGCGCGCCACCGAAGGCCACCGCGCAGCAGUGCAGGAGUGCGCGGCGUUCGUUGCCGCCGUGCACGAACAAAUGCUGCUGCUGGACCUGCGCAAUUUGCCUCUCCGCAGAAAAUAUGACGCGUUGAAGUAUUCCCAAAAGAGGCUCGAGGCGCUCGUGUACGAGCUCGCGCUCGCCAGCCGCAUCGCCGGCCUCAAGCUGGCCUCCAUGCUCGUGGAGCCCGAGCCCGAAACCCACGCGGAGCAGGCCCGCGACGCCUGA